CUAUCCCUUCAUCUUCUCCAAAGCUCCAUAUCUCCAAAGAUAAGUCUCGAAGAACAUUCUGGAGUUCCUCACAUUUACUCAUAAAUUCCCCCAAAUCAUUAAUCAGGCCUCACUUAUUCCAGAAAAGCCCAGCAAGACGAGAAGCAGAGCUCGUGAUCAGAACAGCCAUGGCGGACGCUAUCUUUGGAUACCCCUUUAGGCGUUUCUUUCUAAGUCCUCCGGUUUUCCGCGACUGGUCCGGAUCAACCGCCUUGAUGGACUGGCUCGAAUCCCCUAAUGCCCACAUCUUCAAAAUCAAUGUUCCCGGUACCGUGAUUACCAAUCUAUACUUGUACUGUUUUUUUGGAAUGAAAGAGGAGAAUGCUGGACAAGACAGUGUUUGGCAUGUGGCCGAGAGAGGGACAGGAAAAAGGGAGUUUUCCCGGCGGGUUGAACUGCCGGAAAACGUGAAAGCUGAGCAGAUCAAAGCGCAGGUCGAAAAUGGCGUCCUCACCAUUGUUGUACCAAAAGAUACAUCACCUAAACCAUCUAAACUACGAAACAUUAACAUCACUAGCAAACUCUAAACCCUAAUUUCAUAUCAAAUGGAAUAAAAACCAGACUUUCAUGGCCGAUUGUACUUACAUGUUGUGCAAGUUUGUGGUGCAAUAAAAUUUGAUUGUAUUACUUAUAUUAGUUA